AUGUCGGCGAAAAGUUUCGCUGACUCAAACCUCCCACUUCACCCGGCUCAUCCAUCGCCACGGCAGCAAUGGAGGAGGCCCCUCGUCUUCGGCAUUCUCCUCUUCGUCAUCUGGUCAUGGAAGCUACACGAGGUAUUCUUUGAUCGCAAUGCCGUCCUCCACUCCAAUCCGCAGCCCUUCCCCGUCUACACUGACUGGGAUGACGUCCCAACGAGUGAGAAGCUGCACUGGGUGCGUUGCGUCCUGCCGGGCAUGACAGGCGACAGAUACCUAUGCGCCCGUCUGACUGUGCCGAUGGACUAUCAGCGGCCCUUGAAUCAGUCCUCGGACAACCCCAAGGUCCACGUGGCAAUGGUUCUCCUCCCGGCGCCCGGCCACGGUAUCGACACCGGCCGCUUCUCCGAAUCCCCGCUUGUCCUGAAUCCGGGCGGGCCCGGCGGUGUCGGCACGGCAUUCGUGUACCCGCCCCGUGGCCCCACUAUCCAAGCCAUUGCCGGCGGCGACAUUGACCUUCUUGGUUUUGACCCCAGGGGCAUCGGCGCCACCGUUCCUCGAGGGGACUGCUUCAUUGAGGGCGACAACACCUCGGCGAUGGCCAAAAGGUUCGCCCAGAUGCGCAGGAUGACUUGGAUGCUCUCCGCCCACGAUGUGGGUUUGCCGAACGGAACCAACGAAGCCUUGGAUGCCCUCGCCCACCGCGCCAGGGCAGUGUCGAAGCUGUGUUCGAGGAAGGACGGCGAGGACAGCGCUUUCAGGUACAUGGGCACGCCAAACGUGGCGGCUGAUAUCAAGAGCAUCGUGGAAGCUCAUGACGACUGGCUUGACGAGAAUGGCUUCGAGACUGUUUCUCAUGGGGCUAGGUUGCGGUCGCCGAGUGAGGCUGCGCCGCCUUCUACGAAGCGGAAGCUUGUAUACUGGGGCUUCAGCUACGGCACCUUCAUCGGGCAGACCUUUGCUGCCAUGUAUCGCCGACUCAUCCUGGACGGUGUUGUGGACACCCGCGUUUACGACGAGCCUACAUGGUGGGUGUCGACCAUGAGAGACUCGGACGCCAUUGUGGACAAGUUUUUUUACUACUGCCAUCUCGCCGGAGAGAGGUGUUACUUCUUCCGCAAGGGUGACACGGCAGACGACAUCAAGACACGAUACGACGAAGUCAUGGCAAAGCUGCGGGCCGAUCCGGUCACUGUCAUCCCCUCCUACACUACUAUUCCCGUCAUUCUCAUGGAGUCCGACAUUAAGAAGACCAUCUUCCAGGCCUUGUAUGCACCGAUGAUGCUCUUCCCCCUCAUUGCCGACCUACUCAAUCGUGUAUACAUCGAGGUCGACCUCUCCAACUACGUCAACGCUGGAGACUUGAUACCCAUGUGCAGUCCAGAGUUCCAGAUGCCGCCUGCCCUUGAUGUGAGCGAGGCCCAAGCUGCCAUUAGUUGCAGUGACCAACGGGUUAAGAAUCAAGAAUUCAAGGUGCUGAUGGGACUGUUUCUCGUCCAGCGAAACGAUACCUUGGAAGGCGUGUUCAAGAGGACCUCAGAGUACACAUCCUUCGCCGGCGUCCUCAUGUCCAUCAUGAUGUCCUGCGAGGGCUGGGACAUUGAGGCCAGGUUCCCAAGCCCAGACUGGGACGCAAACUUGCAUAGUCCGGACCCCGUGAACACCUCGUUCCCCAUCCUCUUCGUGGGCAACACCCACGACCCGGUAACCCCCCUCGGCUCUGCAGUCGACAUGUCCCAAAACUUUGUCAACGCCGGGGUUUUUGAGCUCCAAACCGAGGGCCAUUGCACUUUGGCCUCGGUUUCUGUCUGCGCCGUGACAAAGAUACGCGAUUACCUGCAAAAGGGUGUCGUACCGCCGCAUCCCGCCGUGGCCGCCGACGGCACCCUAUCGGGCUGGGACAAGUGCAAGAGCGACGAGUGGCCCUGGAAACCCUUUACGGCAAAUGCUGCCAUGCACGCAGAAGACUUGCAUGUCUUGCAGGCAUUGAGAGACGUGCAUGCGGAGAUCACCCGUCUAUUGACCCCGCCGACGAAGGUCCAUCUGCAUGAUAUGUGA